ACCAACUAAUUGAAUUUUCCUAAUUAUAUCUCGACGAGAAAUACAUUGGGAUAAGGGAUCGAUGAUGAUACUGUGGAUCGGCCUGACGACUCAUUUUUUAACAGUUCUUUCUAAAAAUUUCACACAAUUUUAAAAAAAAUUGUUAGUAGUUUCAGGCCUCAAUACAAGCUAUCAUACUAUAAAAGAAGAGACAAAUAGACUUUGGAGAGGUAAAAAGUGACUGCUGUAAAUCAACCCAAAUAGCGUUACUAGAACUUGGAUUGCGAAUAGAGAAAAAGCCUGGAUGAAAUCAUGGCGAAUUUAACUGAGGAUGGAAAUUAUACGACAACAAGCCCAGAGUUUUUCUGCAUUAUUGCUUACGGAGCAGGUCAGAGGAUAUUCCUUUCAGCUACAAAUCUUCCUCUAUCCAUAGUUGCAUUUGUAGGAAAUGUUCUGAUCAUUGUUAAUCUUCGUAAGGUGUCGUGCCUUCAUCCGCCCUCAAAACUAUUGCUCGGUUGUCUCGCGUGCACAGAUCUGGGCGUGGGCCUAAUUUCGCAACCUCUUUACAGUGCUUACUUCAUGUCUUUAGAGCAUUCAAAGAGUUGUUACUACUCUGCAUUACUUUUUAAUACUAUUGGUUCAAUAUUCUGCGCGGUAUCACUGUUGACAAUAACUGCAAUAAGUGUGGACAGACUUCUUGCUCUGUUGCUGUGGCUGAGAUACAGAGAGGUAGUAACUGAGAGGCGAGUAAGAAUUCUCGUUUUUACCUUUUGGGUCCUCAGCACUCUCAAUGCAACAGUAUUCCUUUACAAUCUACACAUUGCUAUCAGCAUCGCUUCUGCAGUGUUGUUAUUAUGCUUAAUGAUCUCCUCUUUCUGCUACACCAAAAUUUAUCGCACCCUUCGCCUUUCUCAAGCCCAAGUGCAAGAUCAAGCUUACCAAGGACAACAGAAUGGAGAAGGAAUUCAACUGAACAAAGCGAGAUACAGAAAGACAGUGUCCACAGCGCUGUGGGUACAAAUGGCAUUAUUGGCUUGUUAUCUCCCUUAUAGUUUUGUUGGUGGUUUUAUUUCUAUCAGUGGAUUGAAUACACCUUUCCUUAACUUCGCCUGGGUUCUUGCGAUUUCUCUGUUGCUAUUUAACUCGACUCUAAACCCAUUCCUGUAUUGCUGGAAGAUGAGAGAUAUGAGACAGGCCAUGAAGCACAUGAUCAGACGGUUUUUUCGUUUACCUACUCAGGAAACCUAGAUCAAGUUAGUUUUGGCCCUGUUUAGUCUAGUACUUGAUGGAGACAAUAAUCCGCUGAGAUAAAUGUAUUCCAUUGCAAAAUUAAAUUUUUGUAUGAAUUUUUUAAACGCAAAUUAUGACGCCUCGAACUCUGUUUUAGUGCAUCAGCAAUUGUAAACUAGAAAGCUGCUAAAGAAUGCCAGUAAAUGAAUCAUAUAACGGCUGUUUAAUCAGAUUUUUUUCAACAAGAUAACCGUGGUAGUUGUCAAAUAUCACUGUAAUUUUUUGGUUGUGUCACCACAAGAUUUACCCGAUUCUCACAUAAGACGCUGUGAUAUUGUUAUG